CUUGCAGAUGUGUUGGAAACAUAUUAUCGCCCCACUUCCUUCAUGCGUCUGUCACUCACUUCUUGCCAGCCUCUUUUUGAGGAGCUUAUCCUCCUACUGCAGCCUCUCUCUCUUCUGACCUUUAACCUCGACCUGCUGUUUCAGCAUCACCACCUUGACCCCUCCUCCCCAACUCUUACCCCAGCCAGUCACACUUCUGACACAUAUAGCCCGCCAAAUGAAGACUUCAGCUUCCGCUUGUCACCCAAGAGGAUUUUCCAAGGAAAUGGCCAAAAUCUUGGAAGCAUGUUAGAGCAAGACCUUGGCAUUUUGGGUUUAGACACCAACCCUAAUUCAGGUCUCACAAGUCAGGUUCUUGAUGUGUCAGCCUAUCGCAAUCCAAUUUCGCUGUCAUCAAGCAGCACCAAGGAGGAAGCCAAUCCGCCAUUAUCAUGGUUUAACGGGAAUGAGACCUCCGCACCUCUUAAUGUCGGAAGCCUUUCCCAGCAGGCUGGCCAGGCUCUUCAGCAAGGCUGGGGGGCAGUAAUGCGUUUGGGGGAACGUUUAGGGCAGAACUUUGGUUUGGCCACUAACACAGAGGAUGUUAAAGGUCCUAACUCACAAGAUGACUUCAAGACAGGCUUCUCCCUGAAUCCAAAAAGUCCAGUUGAAAACAGGCAGCAACCAAGAGAGGAUCUUUCCUUGUGGGAUAGUGGAGCAGUGGUUCCCUGGGGUAUGGGACGGCUCUUUGGAGCUUCUAAGAGCCCCAACAACCCACCAACAAGCAGACGUCCAUCUCAGUGGCUCUCUCCUGGCGUAUCCGUCUUUUCUCGCAUAGUGAAUCUUGGCCAGGUUUCUCCGCCUGAGAAGAAAGAGCUCCAGAGAAACAAAGAUAAGGAAGAAGAUGAAAAUGAAAAGAUAAAUGAAACCAGAGAUCAGCCAAAGCCCCUGAGGGGGGUCAGAACUCUGUGUGACCACACAGGCACUGGAGCCGAGCUGAGCUUCAGGAAGGGGGAGGAGCUUGUUCUGUUGGGAGGUGUGGACCACGACUGGAUUCGAUGUCGUCAAGGUCACAAAGAGGGCCUUGUUCCCAUUGGUUAUGCUUCGCUUAUCAUGUGACUUAUCUUUAAUUCUGCCCGUAUGUUUGUGUGGGAAAAUUAUCAGGGGAAAGCAUUCAAGGAAAAAGAGACCAUAUAAUAGACGUAGUUAUUAGUAGCCGUGUUACGUGUUUAUCCGUUUAUCUCUGACCCUCUUGCCUGGUUUGUGAUGUCUGGAAUAUUUUCUGUGAUAUAUGCGAAAGAAAACAUUAUAAAUUACUGUAUAAAUUAUUAACAUAUAUAUAUAUUUAGAUAGAUAGAUUUUACAAAGAUAGAUAGACAGAUAAACUGGAAAUAGAAAUGGGAAAUGAAGUAUCAAGUUUAACAAAAAAUAAAACCAUCAUAUUGUAUUUAUUAUUAGGUGUUCUGCCAUAACGAAUGGCUUGCCCACAAGCUUACUUAAUUAAACAGCUCAGCGCAAAGUCAUCAAAAAAAUGGAUAUUCGCAAAACGACACUUCAUCAUAAUUUUAAGUCCAAUAUGCAUAUGUGGCUUUUUUUUAUCCAAAGCCUUUCUUGUCAUAUCAUCAGCCCAGCAAUGUUUUAUAAAGAUGCACACAACUUCAUUAUUGCAAAGGAAUGAGUUUUGGUUAUUUGGGGGCUGCGUUAGUGCAUAAAUCAAAGAUUUACUGAAGUUAACUAUAAAUUAUUAUACAAUUAAUGUUUUUAUUUAAUUAAAAAGCUAGGGAUUUACUGACUAGUAGUCAGUCUAUAAACAAAUUACUUGACAAUAAAAAAUAUUUUUUUCCUCAAAAUCGUAAUCAUUUCUUAUCCUAAUUUGCACACAAACAAUUAAUGGAUGAACUUUGUGUUGCCUGAAGAUGCCCUAAUUUUAUUAUCUCACUUACCAGAAAAAAGGAAAAACUUUUUUUUGAACAUUUUUGACCAACAUUAUUAUUGUCUUAUUGUUAUUAUUGCAACUCUCAAUGGUAACAGUCGAAUAUAUUAGUGUGGUAGAGUGUAGAUGAUUCUUUUAUAUUUCUUACAGUGUGAUGGCUUAUGUGGUAAGAUCUGUAUCACCAUGAGCUUGAUAGUGACUAUGCAUACUCUGUACUGUACUGUUUAUGAGGCUUGUUGCUGGGGAAACCCAUAUAUGAUUGAUGGCAUUGAUGAUUUUCUUUUGAAUGGAUAUUCUGCAUCAGUAUAAUGCGUUGAAUCAGGGGUUUACAUACUAAACCUGCAUGAAUGUGUAUGAAUGUGUGUAGCAAAUGUAAGGUAAUAAUCAUCUAUACAACUUGUUUGUGAGCACGGACACAUUCACUCAUGAUAAAAAUGCUUCAUGCUAAAGGUAUAGCCCUUUAGUGGCUGGAGUGGGAAAGGUGAUUUAAAUUAGAGCUUGCUAAUUCUUGUUCAUUAAAUGGCCCUCUGUGUUUCCCACAAUUGAAUGCUCAUGUGUAGUAUACAUUUGUCACACCUCUGGCUUGGCAUUGCUUUCAGCUGAGCUGCUAAUCAAAAAACAUAUUCGAUGCAAUCGAAAGAUGAAUCUUGUCCCGGUAACGUGGAACACAGCUUUUUCCAUUACACCACAUGAUGACUUACCUUCAGGACGAUUCCUUCCAAUUGCAGAAAAGCAGCCAGCUAUACAGUAUCAACUGAGUAUUACUGAAAGAACUGAGCAUCCACAUUACUGUAAGUGUAGCGUAUGAAAGCUUACAAUUGAAACUUUAUGUCUGGGAUUUAUGUAUCUACUAUUUUGUCAGGGACAAUUGGUACUGUUUUUAGGAUAUAGUUUAGGCGGUAUUUCGAGGAAAAAGAAAUCUGAGACAGAACUUGUAAAGUUAUCUUUGUAAUUGGCUUGAACUUUAAUGUCUCUUAAAAAUGAAGAAAAAUAUAAUAAAAUGUUAUGGUUUGUGAGUUAAGCAGGAGUUCGGUAGAAAAUCAUAUUUAGUAUCAUAGUCUUACCUCACAGGGCAAACUGCAAUGAUGCAUGACUUAAUCGUUUAUUAUUAUUAUUAUCAUUAUUAUAUUAUUUUUCAUGUACUGUAGCUGUUAUUUUCAUUAUAACUGCAUUUAUAAUUGUGAGAUUUGAAUUAAAUUAGUAUGUUUUGGAGAAAGAAAUGGCUAUGUUGCAUUAUAAAUAUAGUGUACUGUUUGUUUGUGGUUAAUUAUACCAAUUUAUCUGCUAUUCAUCUGUUUCUCUUGUCUAUCUAUCUCUCUUUCUAUCACUUGUGUGUGUACUUUUGUGUGGUGAUGAGUUGCGUAGCUCUGUGUGGUAUUGCCCAUCGCUGGUAGCACACUUAAAGCAUAAUAUGUUCUGUACCAACUCUUGAGUUCUGUAAUUCCCUGUGAAUCAGCUCUAUGCAUGUUGGUGUUUGUAAAUAUACCCAAUAAAAGAUGAAACGAAA